AUGGUGGACUGUGGUAGCGACCGACAGUAUCAGGCGCGGUGCGCCUACGGCAACCCCGAGAAAUCGAUCGAGAUUCACGGCGCCAAGAUGGAGACAUUCAACGUGGAUAUCCGCAAGAACGGCGCCAUGCGCAAUCGAGCCAUGGUGCUCUCCGGCCUCGCGGGUCUGUGCACGGCGGCAGGGGCCGUGGCCGUGGCUGUGGGCGCGCCACAAUUGCCGGGUCGUCUGCGCGGCCUGCGGGACGCGCCGUGCAUGGCUCUGUGGACGGCGGCUGGCGGUUUGUGCUUGGCGUACGUGUCGACUAGCUCCUUCUCCUUUGAGCGCGCCAUCUACGACCUAGAAUAUCGGCGUGAGAUGUGGGAGAUUGAAAAUCACCUGUCCGGCGAAGUUCAGGAGAUGCUGUCUAUCUACAAGAGCCAGGGACUGACCGAGGAAGAGGCACUCAUUGUUACCCGUAUCUUCGCGCGACAGAAGACAGUAUUCGCCAACUUGAUGAUGGUCGAGGAGCUCGGCUACUCCCGACUAGAGCCGCCUACGACAAGCGAGGCAGUCACAAACGUCGGCGUACCUGCCGUAAUGGGUUUCGUGAUUGGCGUCGCGACGCCGCUGUUGUGCUUGGCGGGUGCACUACGCGCAAGUUCUUGCGGCCAGAGCAGCAGCAUGAGUGCUGACUGCGGCGGUGCGGUCCCUGGUCCGUCUGCGGUAACGACGCAGGCAAAAUUGUUGGGUGCGGGCAUCUUUUGCAUGUGUACUGCCGUGUUGAGCUACGUGCAGACGGAGGUCUUUUUCGGCGCCUACGCACAUGCGCCUGCGUUGCUUCACACGACCGUGUCCAACGCCGCCGGCAUCGGUUCCGUGUUCGGCCUCAGCUAUUUGGCGGCGCGUUUGGCGUAA